AUGUUUUACGAAUGUAUCACCCUUCGUCACGUUUUCGUGGAUGCCUCGCUUUCAUUGAACGCCUUUCCUUAUUUCAUUUUUAAGAAGGGAGCACCUUUCUCGUUCCCCACCGCAGAAAUGUGGCACAACGGCUUUUUCUUCUUCACUCCUUUUCCUCUUACCUUCAACAUGACGACUCGAGCACCUUACAGUGGCAUGCAGCGCAAGCUCGUCAUCGCCUUUGAUGUCGGGACGACCUUUAGCGGCAUUUCAUACAGCAUCCUCGAUCCUGGCGCGGUUCCUGAAAUUCGCGGCGUAACGAGAUAUCCCGCUCAAGAACAAGUGGGAGGUGAUUCAAAGAUACCCACCAUCGUCUACUAUGAUCGAGAAGGCAGGGUGCAAGCGGUUGGUGCAGAGGCCAUACGCGACGACAUCGAGGACCUUGUCGAAGACGAAGGGUGGACCAAAGCUGAGUGGUUCAAACUCCACCUGCGUCCCAAGACCAAGUCAGCCGCGCAUGUCACCGAGAAGAUCCCAGCUCUCCCUCUGAACAAGACAGCUGUCGACGUCCUCGCUGACUUCCUGCGUUAUCUCCACAGCUGCGCGAAGAGCUACAUUGAAGAUACGCACGCUAACGGCCCUGAGAUUUGGCGUAGGCUAGAAGAGUGCACUCAAUUUGUGCUGACUCACCCGAAUGGAUGGGAAGGAGGUCAACAAGCCCUUAUGCGCAAGGCCGCAAUCAUGGCCGGCCUCGUACCCAAUACUCGAGAGGGCCGUGCCCGCCUUUCGUUCGUCACGGAAGGCGAGGCAAGUCUUCAUUUCUGCCUGCAGAGCGGUUUAGCGACUGAUGCCGCCGAGAACGGCGAUGGUAUCCUGAUCGUUGACGCCGGCGGCGGAACAAUCGAUGUCAGUGCAUACAAGAAAGUAUCUCCAAGCGGCCAUGCCUAUGAAGAAAUUGCUGCCCCUCAGUGUCACUUCCAGGGAUCAAUCUUCGUGACUAAGAACGCCGAGGCGUACCUUACAGAAUUUCUGCAGGGUUCAAGCUUUGCUCUCGAUGUCCCUAUCAUGACACAGCGGUUCGACAAAGCGACGAAGCUUCGUUUCGUCAAUCCCGAGGAACCUCAAUUCAUCCAGUUCGGAGGUUUGCGAGAUAAAGACCCCGAAUUAGGCAUUCGUCACGGUCAACUAAGACUCCCUGGAACGGAGGUCGCGAAAUUCUUCGAACCGUCUAUCCAGUGCAUCACGAAGUCGAUUGAGGACCAGUUGGAGUCAUCGGAAGGACGGAUCUCCUCCGUAUUCCUCGUGGGAGGUUUUGCGGCGAGUAACUGGCUUCUCACCAAUCUCAAGAACACGUUCACUCCGCACGGUGUAAACAUCAGCCGCCCCGACAGCCAUACAAAUAAAGUCGUUGCAGAUGGUGCUGUGUCCUUCUGUAUCGACCAUUUUGUACAAGCCCGAGUCGCGAAAUACUCUUACGGCGUUUCCAUGAAUAUCUUCUACGAUUCUAGGGAUACGGAGCACAUUGCUCGCGGCAAGGGAGUGUACGUCGGCCUUGACGGUUACCCCAAAAUCAGGGGAGCAUUCGACGUCAUCCUACGAAAGACUACAAAAGUCUCCGAAACUCAAGAGUUCAGGCAUUCGUAUAGGCGCCAGGAUACAGACCAAGCUAACUUGCGGACGAUGUCUUCUUCCAUCAAAUGCUUUCGAGGCGCACGACGGGACCCUCGAUGGAUGGAUGAAGAGGCAGCUCUGUACUCCACCCUCUGCUACGUUGAAGCAGAUUUAUCGAACCUACCGUUGAGGGUCAGACAUUCAGCAGUCACGAAUGAAACCUACUACGAAUCGCAUUACGAUAUAGUUCUCUCCCUUGGCUUGACAGAAUUCAAAGCAUUUGUGGUAUGGAAGGAGAACGGGGUCGAGAAAAGGAGUCCUGCGGAGAUGGUUUAUGACCCGGAGUCGCUGAUUACCGAUGACGAGGCCCUCAUUUGA